UGCAUCCUUUAAUACCUUGUUUAUCUAUCUGUCUAUCAUGCGCCUUUAUCCAACGACAGGCCACGAACUGGGAGACCAAGAGUCCCAACACCUGCCUGAGAUCAACCGACCGUUUUGCAGAAUCUUUGUGAUGUCCGUUGUUAAUCGGCACAAUAAAAAGUCACUGCACCUGCUGAAAUGUCAUUUUUUUUAAUUGCAUCUACUGAAUUUUAUCCAAAUGAACCAUGUCUUCCAAAGAGAAUUUGCACCCUAGCACCUCUACACCAAAGCUUUUGACACCUCUCAGGAUCGAUAGUUCCCAGCAUGAAAUGAAGAGCAGUUCCAAAGCCAGUGGUGGGACUGUGGCAGUGUUGGGUCCUGGUAGAGUAAUGUCUGAACCUCCUGCCCAGGAGCCGUUCUCUCUCAAGGACUUCGAAAUCGGCCGGCCGCUGGGGAAAGGGAAGUUUGGGAACGUAUACCUGGCCCGGGAUCGAGAGAUAAACUUCAUACUGGCGCUCAAGGUCAUGUUCAAGUCCCAGAUAGAGAAGGAGGGAAUGGAGUACCAGCUCCGCAGAGAGAUCGAGAUCCAGUCCCGUCUCAGGCACCCCAAUAUCCUCCGCUUCUAUAACUACUUCCACGACUGCAAGCGUGUGUUUCUGAUUCUGGAGUACGCACCGCGGGGGGAGCUGUACAAGGAGCUGCAGCGCUGCCAGCGCUUUGACGAGCAGCGCAGCGCCACGUAUAUGGAGGAGGUGUCGGACGCCCUGCAGUACUGCCACGAGCAAAAAGUGAUCCAUCGAGACAUCAAGCCAGAGAACCUGCUUCUGGGCUUCAGGGGGGAGCUCAAGAUAGCUGACUUCGGCUGGUCCGUGCACGCACCCUCCAUGAGGCGCAAGACUAUGUGCGGGACUCUGGACUACCUCUCCCCUGAGAUGAUAGAAGGGAAGACCUACAAUGAGAAUGCAGACCUGUGGUGUGUGGGGGUGCUCUGCUACGAGUUCCUGGUGGGGCACCCCCCCUUCGAGUCCGCCAGCCACGCCGAGACCUACUCCCGGAUCACGAAGGUGGAUAUGCAGUUCCCCAGCAUAGUCUCCCCCGGUGCACGGGACCUCAUCUCCAGCCUCCUGAGGCACUGCCCCACCAUGCGGCUGCCUCUGAAAAAAGUGCUGGAGCACCCCUGGGUGAAAACUAACUCCCGCAGGAUACUGCCCCCAGUGUACCACCCCAAGAGCUGAGCCCAGACCAGGUACACGCGUGUUACAUCUGCCCCCACAGGCCAACUCAUUCAAAAGACUGGGAUACAUUUUGUAACUCAUUUACACGUCUGACUCGUGUUGAACACAGAUGUUUUGUAUAUUGUCUCGUCUCUUGUAAUCUGGUUUGAAGGAUAAUGAGGUUGAUAUGAAGUUAUUUAUUCUGUUUGUAUUCUUGUUGAAUAUAUUCUGUGCAAAUAUUUAAUAAAUUGUAUUUACGUUAUAAAGUCA